UGUGGACACACCUGAAACAACCGCUUGGCCAACAGAACUUGCCUGGCCGCAGGUUUCCUAUCACCAGUUCGUGCUACACCAGUUUUCUACUUUGCGGAUUGGCCAACAAACAUUGGACAAAGAUAUCCCAACCCAUAUCGAAGCCCCCUUAUGCUACACAUUUUUUUCCACGCAAGCCUCGACAGCUGCUCGCCAAGUGCACUCAGUCAGGUGAGACAUGAGUUCCUUUCACCCCACUCUCGUUUCCAGACUCCUUGGGUGCAGAACAUACUUUUGAAGAUUAACUAUUGUGCAGUCACUGAAGUGAAUACUGCCCUCGUAUGCAAAUUCUUUAGCGAUACCAAAUUCUCUCACUUUGGGGAGGAGGCGAGGGUAGUUUUCUCCAUGGUCGGCACCUCCAGGGUUGCGGAUUUGACCCCGUAGCACGACAAAUUCAUAUGACACGGCGCCAAAUCCGGUGCUGACGUGGCGUAUCCGCAUGCCAGGGAUGAGGAUUCACCUCAUACGUGACGAUACGUCCGCCCUGUUAUGACCCUAGCCUAGAUUUCUAUAUAUCCUAGCAGCACCACACUUCCGUACUUUCUUGAAAUCCCUGUUUUAACCACUUCCCAGCAGCGCCCCAUAUCCCAGCAGAACCCCAUUACACCCUAUGCCUGGUCUUACCAGGUCCCGUAAGAAGUUCCCAUGCUUUGUUAAGGUGUGUGCACGCGUAUACUUGUAGAGACAUUUACGGUUGAAGUGGCUUAUCAAACUCAUACAUUCAUCUUAGUGUGAUAUUCACUCAUUAUGCGUAACAGCCCACUGCUAUUCACUCAUUAUGCGUAACAGCCCGCCGCCCAACAGCCCUCUUCCCCCCUGCCCUCCGCCGCCCGACAGAACUCCGCCGCUCAGCAGCAGUCCUCUCCUCUGCUCUCCUCCGCCCAGCAGCACCCCUCCCCCUUCCUCUCCGCCGCCCAGCAGCACACCUCCUCCCUGCUCUCCUCCGCCCAGCAGCACCCCUCGCCCCUGUCCUCCGCCACCCAGCAGCACUGCUCACCACUGCUCUCCUCUGCCCAACAGCACUCUUCCCCCCUGCCCUCCGCCGCCCAACAGAACUCUGCCGCUCAGCAGCAGUCCUCUCCUCUGCUCUCCUCUGCCCAGCAGCACCCCUCCCCCCUGCCAUCCUCCGCCCAGCAGCACUCCUCCCCGCCGCUCCCGUCCGCUUCUCAGCACUCUUUCCCCCUCUCUCCUCCGCCCAGCAGCACUCCUCCCCUGUGCACUCGAACCACCUAAUGCACUCCUCCCAGCUGCCCUCCACCAUUUUUUCCCCCUCUCAGCCGCUGCAAUACACCUCUGAUCUACCCUGACCAGUUGCACUCCUCUCAUGUGCUCUCCAACGCCCUGCUGCCCUCUUCAUCGCCUCUACUUUCAUCUGGCCAACCACCAUCCUGUUCCCCUCACUCCUCUUCCGCCCAGCUGUGCCCUUCACCUCUGCGCUCCGAUUCCCAUUUCAGUAACACUGCGACACCAACCGCAGGGAUCCUACGUGUUCCCGUAGCUGCGUUUUCUGCUCCCGCUCCUCACCCACACGUGCAGCCUCAACAUGAUGCAUGUUCGGACCCGGCUUCGGCCAUUGCCGCAAACCCCAACCCCUCUGCAGCCCAACGUGAUACACAUGUACCUGAGGCGCCCGUGCAGGCCAUGCGCUCUCCGCGUGUGGUGAGAGGGAAGAAGGUCCAUGCUGCCGAAGACCGCGAUUGGCUGAGCGACGACGACUCGUUUCUUGACUCGGAGGAGAAUGGAGUGGGAUGAUGGUGACUUGUCGAUGGUCCACACACAGCAGUGGAUCAACCGACAAGGGCGGAGGUCAACCAGCAAGGACAAGCAUGGCAGCUGCCCUCCUCCACCCAUCAGCCCUCCUCUUCCCAGGGCCGGCGCCAGAGGCAUGUCCCCACCUCCGUGCCAUGUACCCUCGCAGCAGGCCCCAGGCGAUGAGCUUUUGACAGCGGAAGUGCCGCUUGUCAUAGGCACCACAUGUGCAGCAACUGAUACGGUUACCCGGGCCAAUCUUUGAAGCGCAACGUCGUCGAAUCAAGAGCUGCAACGGCGGGUUUUGGAGUUGGAGGCGGAGUUGACGCGUCGCAGUAUGGGUCCAGCACCGGCCCAGCAGGGUGGCAUGCCCAGCACGG